AAAAAAAAAAAAAAAAUCGGUUCUUGCCGCUUCCUUCCUUCCUUCCGAUUCCGGCUGUUUUUCGCGAUCCAAAAACGGAUAAUCAUCCCCAUUUCUGAUUUACAAAGUACCAACCGAGCUGUAAUCCACCGGUUCGUAAAUCAUCUUUCUUCUUUAUCAAUCCCCACGUUCCAGAAAAAUCAAAAACUAUAAUCGGUACGAUUAUCUCUCGAAUCGUCGCCGUAGUUCCCAACACCGGAGAUGGCGGGGGUGUUUCUGACAUCCUUGGAGAUGACUACUUUCGCCCUCAAGGAAGCCUCUAAUUGGUGGGACCGUGUAAACGAAUCCUAUCUCUGGCAAGAUCGUAUUUUCCAUAUCUUAGCGGGUCUUUACGGCGUUGUUGCCGUUGUUGCUUUGGUACAACUGGUCCGCAUACAGUUGAGGGUACCAGAGUACGGUUGGACAACUCAGAAGGUCUUUCAUUUUCUCAAUUUCUUGGUGAAUGGGGUUCGAUCUCUUGUUUUUGUAUUCCGCCGCAAUGUCCAAAGGCUGGCUCCUGUGAUUCUCCAGCAUAUGCUGCUUGAUGUGCCAAGCCUUGCCUUCUUUACUACAUAUGCAUUGCUCGUGUUAUUCUGGGCAGAGAUAUACUAUCAGGCACGUGUUGUGUCUACUGAUGGAUUGAGGCCAAGCUUCUUUACGAUUAAUGCUGUUGUUUAUGUUGUUCAGAUUUCUUUGUGGCUUAUCAUCUGGUGGAAGCCUAUUGGACCUUUGAUCAUUAUGUCAAAAUUGUUCUUUGCAGGUGUUUCCUUGGUUGCUGCUUUGGGAUUUGUUCUGUAUGGUGGAAGGCUAUUUCUUAUGUUGCGACGUUUCCCUGUAGAAUCAAAAGGCCGACGUAAGAAAUUGCAAGAGGUUGGAUAUGUGACAACUAUCUGUUUCUCAUGCUUCCUUGUCAGGUGUAUUAUGAUAUGCUUUAAUGCAUUUGAUAAAGCUUCAGACCUGGAAGUGUUGGAUCAUCCCUUGCUAAACUUGAUAUACUACGGGUUGGUAGAGAUACUUCCUUCUACUCUUGUACUAUUCAUCCUGAGGAAGCUCCCACCAAAACGCGGUAUUACCCAGUAUCACCCCAUUCGUUAAGAGACAGAAAACAAGAGUAGAGAAAGGAAGGAAGAGGAGGGUCCAAGAACAAGUUAAGAUCUUCUUUUUGAUUGACAAUUUGUGGGGGUGGGAUGAAAGAUUCAUGAUGUUGGGGGCAUCUUUGAGUGAGUGAGUGAGUUCUUCUCCUUGUAGAUGGAGAUCCAACCAAGUUAAGAGAAGUUUAUAAAUACCUAUAUGGUGUCACUUCUGUAAUCUAUUUGUUUUUUUAGUCUUUGUUUUCUCUCUAUUAUUUCGUUUGUAAAAAUCAUCGCAAUAAUUAACUUGUUUCUAACAA